AUGUCGCCUCAGUUUCCUGGUGCUCCUGCUGAGGCUAUGGGUCAUCAUACCGAGAUGCAGAGUACUUUGCUCUCUCUGCCAGGCUCUCCUACGGCUAUGGAAGGUCUUGCGCCGGUCCCUCAUGAGAACGCUGAAACUGGCCUGCAGGGUGAGCAGGAGCAAGGAUCCCACUUUGACAAUGCUUUCUUCGAUCCAGACGACAUAUCAUUUGACAAACUGCCCACUCAUGUCCCUGUCAACUUUGACUGGGAGACAUUCGAUAGAACAUACAGAAAUUCUCAUGAACAUGGAGCAAAUGUCCUGUUCGAAUACCGGAACUUCACACCUACUCACAAUGCCCGUGGCUAUGGAAACAUCCAACGUCUAGCUGAUGACCAUGGCGACGAGACCCAGUACGCUGGUAUCUUCGAAAGGGCAGUUGAGACUCGCAACAAGGGUCAACUCGAUGCUGAUAUCUGGGGAAAUAUCAUCCAGUCUCCCAUUCCUCCUAGUAUCAAUUCUGUUCUUGAGGAAUCUCCUAUCAAGCAUCACAACAACACACCCAGAGUCCAGCACAUUCAACAAGGAACUGCGCAUCAUGGUGUUGGCAGCUCCAAUGAUAAAGACCACGAACACAAGGACGACAUUCCCAGUUAUGGCAACCCCUCCGCUCAGCACCACGAUGUCUCAGUCGAGUCCAUUGGUGUUGGCAGUUCCAAUGUCGAAACCCACAAGGACACAGACAAUGCUUGCACUGGUGGCACAUCUGAUGCUCAUCACGACGUGGAGAUGAUCGAGAGCCACACAUCCGAAAGCCUCGAUGCUGGCACUCCCGUCGCUCAAGCUUACGCUCAAGUUGUCGAAGAACCUGCAAAGAAAACUACUCCUCCCCUUGCCAAACAAUCGGAUGGGGGUAGAAGAAGAAAUGGCAAUCAAGGCCAAAACUGGUAUGUUCUCGUUCUCGUCAAUCCUUCCCAUCACGGUGGACUCCUAAUGAUCUUUAUCGACAGUGCUAGGAGCGAGCCAAUUCAUUCAGACUUAUCCGGAGAGAAAGACGAAACGUCCGAAGCACAGUCCUCGUCCCAAAAUAAUUCGGGUGACAGCACUCCUCCCGAGGCAAAUCUUGAGGACCUUAUUGACCCUGCUCUCACCGCAUCGAUUCAUAACAUCGUUCCCAGUUCGGAGUUUGCAAACAUGACCACUCAUCCAGCUCACAAUGCCGAAAAGGCAUACGGAACCCCUGCUGACAGCCAGGAGGCACAGCUGGCGUAUCCCUCCGGCAGCCAGGGUGUUACUACUUCAUCCAUGCAAGACGAGUCCCACCAACAACCAAAUGGUUCGGCUGUUCUCGAUCAUCCUACGAACAACCAGGCACACCGGCCCCCAACCGUGCAACAUUCGCAACAUCGAUCUUUGAGCUCCGCUGCGGCUCUCAAUCAUGUUAACCAAAGCCAGGAACAUCCUGCGCGGGAUAUUUCAAACGAGCAGCAGCAAAUUCAACCCCGACCAUUUAACUCUGCGAGACCUGCCCAAGGCCAGGCACCUCAAAGCCCACAUGCAUCAGUGGUCCCCGCGGCCGCUUCCAAUGAUCAUCAUAGCAGCGAGGCACACCAGGCCUUAUCGGAGCAAGCCUCGUCUGAUUCAGCUGCUGACAGACGUAAGAAACCGACAGUCGUCGAAAAACUAUUUCCGCAAAUCUAUACAAUAGCCGGAUUACCGACCUCUCAUGAUCUCAUGAACCCCGAGUGGAGCAGACCGGAAAUACAAACCAGAUUCGCGUCCUUGGAAGAGGCGAUGAGUGCGCUCCAUUCUCCCAAAGGACCUGGUCGCGACCCGCAUUUGGUAGUCUCGCAGGCCCAAAAGGUCGCGAUUGUGAACUCUUUUCUGCGGGCAAUGAUGAACCUUAAGGACGUUGACGACAAGGAAAAAACCAUAAAUGUGUGGGAGAAGAUUAUGCGAAGAAAACCUGUGGAGAUCGAGGCCGCUUGUUGGAACGUGCUUGAGGUGAUGAUUGAAUAUCAUCGCACAAUGCCGUUGCCCUCUCCAAAGGCAAAGGAGAAGAAAGGGGAAAAUAAAGGGCGCAAGGAGAAUGAGGAGGACGAGGAGGACGAAGAGGAAAAAAAGAAGAGGAUGAAAGAUCCUGCCAGAACCGGGGCGCUACUUUCCUUCCCGGACAGGGCUGCGGCCAUUGUCCGGAUCUUUCAUGUCAGCAAGUCCACCUGCAAGCGGAUGUUAGACUACGGUGCCAAAUACGUCCGCGAAUUCGUGGACACCCCGCUGGAGUGUCUGGGCCGGUGCCGCUCGAACGUUAUUGUCAACGAAACCAAGGGAGGGCAUAUCAAGACCGGAAGGGCCGUCACGGCGGAGAAAGAGGCAGCAACAAAGGCAAAGGCGGAGGGGAAAGGAAAGGCGAAGGGAAAGGCGAAGGGAAAGGCGAAGGGAAAGGCUGAGGCGGAGGCUGAGGCAGAACCGCCAGUCGGCGGAGAUUCUGCUGAUGAAGCCCAUGAAGUCGAGGACGCCGAGGAGGCCGGAAAUGACUCUCAGGAAACUGUCACUGUCCAGGAUCAAGACACUUCAGGUCAGCGUGGUCCCUCGUAUGCUUCGGCGGCACGCGGACAGUCAAGCUACGCGCACAGCGGACAGUACCCGCAGGGUUAUUCCAUGCAAGGCCAGAACAGUACCGGACACAACCAAGUUAUGAGCAAUACCGGACACAACCAAGGCAUGAACAAUAACAGACACGUCCAAGGCAUGGUCUAUACAGGACAGUACCAAGGUGUGCCCAAUAACGGUCACAUCCAAGGCAUGACCUAUCCAAGACAGCCCUAUGGCGUGGCCAAUACCGGAUACAACAAUAUUAUCCCCGGCGUGUCCAAUACUGGCCAAAUCCAACGCGCAAUCAAUGCCGGACAAUUCCCUCCUACAAACACCAGUGGACUUCGUCCAAGCAUGAACAACAUAGUGGACAUGUUCCCCAUGGAUCAGACGCUGAGCGACCCUCGUCAUCCCUAUGGAUCACACUCAGGAUAUGACCAGCUCGGCUUAUCUCCUGAGUUCAGUGCAACCGCUGCUCCGAAUUCUCACGCUCAGAAUUCUCACAUGUCACCAAUGGAUUCUUACCUGUGGGAAGCAAGCCUGGGUAUGGAGAUGCGGCCACCGCCUCAACACCCCCUUCAACUGCCAACUUGUCGUCAGCCGACUUCGACUCCCGCUUCAAUGGCCGGCCCGAAUCCUGUCGUUUCGGGAAGCAUGGGAUCGAACCAUAGUCUGCCGCUGAGCAACCAAAUGCGCGGCCGCAAGCGAGGAUCAACCGAAACUGGCGCUGAUGAAGACUACCCUCCUACCAAGAGACGUCGUUAG